GGGUAGGCGAGUACGUUUCGUGCUCGUCAAGCUGUGUUGAAAUGAACCUUGCCGCUGCGUUUCGCCACUAUGAAAACGUGUUAGGGAGGCUGAGUCGAGACCAAAGAUGAUUGUGAAGAGGCUCAAAACGAUCGCUCCUUGGACAGAAGACAAGUUACAAGGCUGAGAUUUCUCUCGACCUGAAGUAAGUAGAUUCUCUAGUUACAGAAUGAUGAAAGCACACUCUUUGUACACGAUAUGUGCCUUUCUAGUGUUUGCAGCAGAAGAGGUCACGGCGCAGAGCCCGGCAGAGCAGAUUGGGAAGUUACCAGUAUGUGCGCAAUCUUGCAUAACGACAGCGUUCGCACGAUGUAGAUGUAAGAUCCUAGAUUUUAGCUGUGCUUGCAACUGCAAUUCCUUCAUCCCCUUUUCAAAUGGUUGCACGGAUACCUCAUGCGCCGACUCUUACCUGAAACUCGUCCUUGACGCCCUUGAUGGAACAUGUAGGCCUUUCACGACGAGUGCGAUUGCCCAAACUCCAACCACCUCACCCACGUCAACUAGCCCCUCUGCCGUUCUUUCAAGCCCUCUCACGAAGUCAAUUCAGACCAGUCCGACCACCAGUACGGAAGCUCCAACGGGAGUUUUCGCACCAAGCGCUUCCUCGGGCAUCAUAGAUCCAAGCUAUCCCGGGCCAACAGGAGGUCCCGCAGAGACUGGAGCGGGAGGAAAUCCUUCAGCAAAUCCCGGAAACCCUUCGGUUCUAAGUCCGACGAUAAUGGGAUCAGAGACCGGGCCGGGACCUUUCCCGAUACCUACUACAGCAUCGUAUUCUACGUACUCAUAUUGCUAUCCAGGAAGCAAUGGAACGACAGCGGGAUGGAAUGCUAGCGUGAGCUGCACGGUCGGGUACAACGGGCCGCUAUACACUGGGAAUGAGGCCGUUAGACGAGUGGAAGGCCAGUCGUCGAUCAUUUCUAUGGUGAUUUUUAUCGUUGGGCUCUUCAUUCUAUAAUAUUCUUCUGUUUGUGAGGCAAAUGGUACCGCAAUUCGUAUAGGCAUUGCGGAAUGUAAAGGAAG